ACGUUAAAGGACGGUUUACUGUGGCAGCUAAAGGCAGCUAACUAGCUCCGCUGUUAGCUGCACGCUUGGCAGCUGUCACAACUCAAAGCUGCUGGUUUUAAGUCUAUGAAUAAGGUUUAUAAUAAUCAUAAAGUGUGGAUCUCCCCUGAUGUUGACUGGAUGUAGAAACCUCUCUUGGACAUUUUUCUCGCUCACCAGUAGAAGGCUUUGGACUAGACAGAGUUUUAAGUCCCGAGCUGCUCUGUGCUCUUCAGCCUUUUCAUCCGUCCUUCAUUCUCUUCCUUCAUCUACCCACAGUCAUCACAUCCUGCCUAGCAGACAAAGCUCAGCUCGCCUUCCUCCGUCUGUUAAUUUCUCCUCAGUUCAUUCGUCCGGUCUGAUGGAAUUAAAGGAAGUCCUGCAGGUUUUGGAGCAGCUUGCUCCGCUGUCGCUUGCUGAGUCUUGGGAUAAUGUCGGCUUGCUGGUGGAGCCGAGCAAACCUCGGCCCGUUAAGACCAUUCUGCUAACCAACGACCUCACAGAUGCCGUCAUGGAGGAAGCAGUGGCCGUGAGCUGCGAUCUCAUUAUUUCGUAUCACCCGCCGUUGUUUCGGCCAAUCAAGCGUCUGGUUCAGAAAGACUGGAAGCAGCGGCUGGCUGUGCGGGCCGUGGAGGUCGGCAUAGCAGUCUUUUCCCCUCACACUUCAUGGGAUUGCGUGAAAGGAGGCGUGAACGACUGGCUGGUUGGAGGACUUGGCAGCGGUCAGGUGUCGGUGUUGAGUCAGGUUCUCGGCGCCGCCUCCCACAGUCACAAACUGGAAUUCACGGUCAGAAGCGCAGAGGAACUAAACAUGAUCAUGGAGGAGCUGAAGGCUUGUGACGGUGGAACGACCCUACAGCAUUCAGGCAGCAGACCAGACAGCAGUGGUAUCCAUGUCAGCGUAACCUGUUGUGACUCAGCGCUGACCCCGAGUGUCCAGGCUCUGUUAGGACACGGCACUCCCAGCCAGUCUCUCACCAUCGUAAAGUUAGAAAAGCCCCCUCUCCUGGGCCACGGCCAAGGCCGAUGCAGCGUUUUGGACCAGCCAGUGACUGUCAGAGCAGCCGUCCAAAAACUGAAGUCUCACCUGGGUUUGAGUCACCUCCGUUUAGCUCUGGGUUGGGGGGAGACGCUGGAGUCCUCUGUGUACACUGUGGCUGUAUGUGCUGGGUCAGGGGCCUCAGUACUGAAUGGAGUCAAGGCGGACCUCUAUGUCACAGGGGAGAUGUCCCACCAUGAAGUGCUGGAUGCUGUGGCAAAAGGAACCAGCGUGAUCCUCAGUGACCACAGCAACAGCGAGCGGGGUUACCUGGCUGUGUUCAGGGAGAGACUAGCCGUGCGCCUGCCCGAUAGCGUAACAGUGGUCCUGUCGAAGGCUGACAGAGACCCUCUGGAGGUCGUUUGACUGACUCUUGAUUGGAAGUCACAGUAGUUUUUCUGAAAGAUGACUUUUUACUACAGAUAUGUGUGACAUUUUGGCAACCCCGGAGUUUAACAUGCAGGCUCUUUACGUAAGGCUAUCCACUGGCUGUGCCUUGAAAAUAUUGUUAAAUGUUGUUGUAUUUAUCAUGUCUCUCUGGAAGGGUCUUAAUAAAAUGGGCUGUGGUUGAUCAAAA